AAUGUCUUUUGUUAAGUACAAAGAGUUGUAAUAAGACUCCAGCGAUUGUCAUUAAAAACUAAGAGUUUUUURCUCAUCGUUAUAGAAUUAUUUUAUUUUGUAUUCCGUGAAUACAAGGCAAGAAAUAGGGCACUUAUUUCUGCACAAAUGGAUGUCAUUUACUGGAAUCACUGGCUUACAAAUUAUUGUAUUGUAAUGGAGAUUUUGUUAGUGUAAAAAUAGAUUCCAAACAGUUCAAGUAAGUUCACAACAAAUUAUCGCUAAAAAUUUUUAAAUUUGAAUAAAUAAACACCUUUUUGAUAACCUAAUGAUCCCAAUUUGAUUUAAUUAUGAAACAGUGUGGAAUAUUUUACUCCACCCUAAAGAAUAAAACAUSGAAAAUAUGUAGUUGCAAAAAUUAAUAAUGUUGACAAUUUAUUUUGCUCCGUUAACAAGAUUGAAAGUCGUUUUUGUGGCUUCUUUAACAGAAUGGUAAACUCAGUAUUGUUGAAGUAUCAGUAGGUGGUGACUGAAAAUAAUACAGUCCAUAAAUAGAGCAUCAAUAUCCAUAAAUUAUAAACAUAUUUUUUACAAACGGACGAAGAGUCGAAGAAAAGUUAUCGGUGUUUAUGGAGAUGAACACAAUAACAACCGUUAUUAAUGUCAGAAAAAGCCAUACAAAAACCAGUCCAACUCUACUUCAGCUGUAACAUAGUCGUUGAAACGAGAGUUCAAAACCAGUCAAAAUUCUCUCAAAUAAGUUACACAAAGCAAAUGAAUAACUUACAGCAAAUUAAAUUGGAGAAGUUAUGCUACAGUGGACAGAAGUGUCAAAGAAUUCCGGAAGCUUUAGUAAAAUUAUACGGGGCUAAAGUACAAAGCUUGGACCUGAGCUACAAUGAAUUAGUCACUUUGAAGGGCUUAGAGGGCUUUCCUUUAUUAAAGGAGUUGGUACUGGAUAAUAAUCAACUUUCAGAUUCAUUAGUUCUUCCGUAUUUACCACACUUACACACGCUCUCCCUCAAUAAAAACAAUAUUACCGAUAUUGAGUCGUUAGUGGUGAAAAUACGACACAACUUACCAGCACUAACUUAUUUAAGCUUGUUGGGGAACAAAGCUUGCCCUAAUCAACUCUCCAACAUUGAUAAUGAUGAUGAAGAUUAUCAAAGAUAUCGAUAUUACGUGUUGCAUCAUUUGCCGAGUUUAAAGUUUCUCGACUCGAAUAAAGUACGUGAGUGGGAAAAGGGUGAAGCCCGAAGAAGAGGACAAUUUAUGAAAAUUGUUAGACCAAAUAUAUCAAAUAUAAGCGAGAAUGUUCGGAAUAAUGCCAUUUCAAAUUCCUUUACACCAUUGCCCAAGUCAAUAAGGAAUCCAGAUGAUUUUAGAGGUGCUUAUGGUAAAUGUCGAUAUCGGUACAACGGCAAACAUUCAGAAGGCAAUCGGUUUAUCUCCAACAGUGAUCUUUAAUUGUUUAAUUUCUUUGUAUUUCAAAAUGUUCUAAAUUAAUAAAAUUAUUUUUAUACAAACU